AUGGUUCGGCCAGUCUUUUAUCACAUGCCAGAAAGCCCUCCAUCGCGAGGGGCUUUGCAUGUCGCCCGAAUGCUGAAUGUGGAUGUUGAAGUGAGGAACAUAGAUCUGUUUACUGGGGAGCAGCUGAAGCCCGAAUUUAUCAAAGUGAACCCCAUGCACACGGUUCCUACGCUUGAUGACAACGGCUUCGUAGUUGUGGACAGCCAUGCUAUAGCUACCUAUUUAGCAAAUAAAUUCGGCAAAGAUGACAAACUCUAUCCCAGUGAAUUGAAAAAAAGAUCUCUUGUGGAUCAACGUCUAAAUUUCAAUAAUGGCUUUUUGUACAAACGCGUCCGAGAUAUUGGGUUUUUUUUUUCGGGAGUAGAUAUUAUUCCUGAAGAUUUGAAGGCAAAUGCACACGAGGUACUGGGAUGGUUGGAAGGAUUUCUGAAACCCACCGGCUGGGUUGCUGGUGACAACAUCACUAUUGCUGAUGCAAUGUGUGUCUCUUCCGUGACAACUUUUAUUGCAGAAGGAUGUGAUAUGAACAAAUACCCUCUCAUACAAGCAUGGAUUGCAAGAUGCCGCAAGUCGAUUCCAGAUUUUGAUGCGGUGGAUAAAACAGGAAACGAUUCUUUCCAUAAAUUGUUCAAAAGCAAGUUGAAACCUGGGCAGAUUUAAAUUCAUUGCUUUAACAAAACCUAAUAAUAGUUAAUACAUAUAAUUAAAUUACUUGUCUUUAUUGUAAAUUGUUAAAAAAAAGAAAUAUUUUUCGUUUGAAAUAAAUUGAAAUGUUACGAUAUUAUACCAUUGAAUAUGAUUUUGUAUAAUUUGAAUUUAAGAAUGUAAAAUAUAAGACAC